AUGAAUGUUGCACCCACGCUCGAACCCACCAGGUGUAGGAACCAAGAGUACUCGUCCAUAAUGCCCGGACAGCCAUUUCGCCGCAAGGACAAAUUGCACGAGGUGGUCGUGGAGUUUGAAGCCUUUCUUUUGGACUACAUGAAGCCGAAUGACGAAUUGUGGGUGCACUCCACGCUGAAAGCUUGCACCGAGGCUGUUGAUUGUUUGCCAGAAUUUUGCCUGGACCUGUUCCAACCGUCCGGACACGGACGAAGACGCAGGAGUUUGUUGACAAACGACUCGAGCCUGACCAGAAACGACACCGAGGAUCCCUGGAGCUGGUUGGACCUGGACCCCAGCAUUAUCCAGAAACACGUUCCGGCUGAUUUGUGGACCCCGGAAUUCGAGGAACAAUUGAUGUCGGCGAAGCGAAUGUUUCAAAACAAAACGGCGGAACGGGACCGACGAGGACCCAGCAAGGACAUUGGGCAAAACAUCGGGGUUCGAGUGAUUUUGCCGGGAGACGAAUAUUACCACUCGCAGUCCAUCAUUCCUCUGACCUGCGACACGUACCUCGUGGUGGCGGCCAUCAUGGGCGCCAUGUUGCUGUUGUCAGCAAUCAUCAUGUGCUACUUGGCAACCAGACUCAGUCGCUUGCGAACAAAACGCGAAGUCGCUUCUUUGGACAAGUCCUUGCAUUUCCACAGGACCUCUUAUGACACUGGCUGCCCCGGUUAA